ACAAACUUGACAUUCUUCAAAGUUUCUCUCUCACGCACAUACACACAGUAACAGUGUUUCUCGAGACAAACCUCGAGUCAACUACAGUAAUGGCGGACGAAAUUGCCCUUGAUUUUCCAGCUGAAAUCCGAAUCAUACCCCGCAACACUUUUUAGAUUCUACCAACCGUUUGAAAAGAUUCCGUUCCUCCGAUCAUUCAUGGAAAUCGUUUUCAACUCAGUCAAGUUUUUGAGCAAUUCAAACAUAGAUAUGUAUAUACAAAUAUCGAUAUAGAGUUAAGUAGUAGUUUUAUAUAGUUGGGGAUGGAUUUGGUUGAGGAGGUAGGAGAGAGUUCAUCGCCACCGCGAAGUUAUGGCAGUUACGGCGGUGGUAGCGGUGGUAACGAUGUAAUCAGGAAUGAUGUGUAUAAUCGGCUUAUAGAGAAUGAAAAUGAAGAAGCUCUUGGGAAUCCUGAUUUCCGCGAACAGUUGGAGUCUCACUUCAAUCGCCUACCUCCGAGUUAUGGACUGGAUAUUAAUAUGGAUAGAGUGGAAGAUGUAUUGUUACAUCAAAGUCUUCUUGCGCGGGCAAAGGAUCCUAAUAAUCUGCCUGUUUUCCAUAUUCGGUUUUUAGAGAAUAUCUUCUCUAGAGCUGAUGAUAUCGAUGGUGAACAAGUUUCAAGCAUUCCUUCUGCCUCAAGACCAUGUGGCGGGGAUGGUAAUGAAGAUGCCCCAUCUUUAAAUCACGGAAAAUGCACGGGUGACUUUGAACCUUGUUCUAAGCUCGAGGAUCUAAACUUGGAUGUAAGAAGGAAUUCUAAUGACAGAAACAGGGAAACUCCUACCGAAGAUUUAUUGAGAAGGCAGGAGGUUCAACACAUACCAAUACUACCAAUACAUGAAGUAAUAUUUUCAACUAUUGACAAGCCCAAGCUUCUUAGUCAGCUUUCUGCUUUGCUUUCUGACAUAGGACUUAACAUCCGUGAAGCGCAUGUGUUUUCUACAACAGAUGGCUACUCUUUGGAUGUGUUUGUUGUGGAUGGAUGGCCUGUUGAGAAUACAGAGGGUUUAUAUGAAGAAAUGAGAAAAUCAAUUUCUAGGAGUGAGGGAACAUGGUCUGGUUCAUCACAUUCUCAAUCAGCUGUGGAGAAAGCCGUCGCUGCACAAGAAAAAUGCGAAUGUUGGGAAAUAGAUUGGAGAUCAUUGAAGAUAGGAGAAAAAAUCGCUGCUGGGUCAUGCGGAGACUUGUAUCGUGGAGUAUAUCGUGGUCAGAAUGUUGCUGUUAAGGUGCUUAGAUCUGAGCAUUUGAAUGACCUCCUGGAGGAUGAGUUUACAAAGGAAGUUGCUAUUUUAAGGGAAGUACAACAUGGAAAUGUUGUUCGCUUCAUUGGUGCAUGCACAAAGUUGCCUCAUUUAUGCAUAGUGACAGAAUACAUGCCGGGCGGUAGCCUCUAUGAAUAUUUGCACAAAAAUCAUGUCGUCUUGAAGCUCUCACAGUUGCUGAAGGUUGCAAUCGAUGUGUGCAAAGGCAUGGAGUACCUGCAUAAUAAGAACAUUAUUCACAGAGAUUUGAAGACAGCAAAUUUGCUUAUGGAUGCUCACAGUGUUGUUAAAGUGGCAGAUUUUGGUGUUGCUCGGUUCCAGAGUAAUGGUGGGGUUAUGACAGCAGAGACAGGAACGUAUAGAUGGAUGGCACCUGAGGUGAUAAAUCAUGAACCGUAUGAUCAAAAAGCAGACGUGUUCAGUUUUGCUGUAGUUCUUUGGGAGCUUGUGACCGCGAAGGUUCCUUACGAUACUAUGACACCUCUACAGGCUGCACUGGGAGUCAGGCAGUAAAAAUAUCCUAAAACUGCCAAGCCACGUGGAGGCAUCAAUAUUAAUGAAUCCAAGGUAUUUUUAAAUAUUUUAAAUAAACAAUCAGUAUACUUUUUGAGUCCCAUUUCUGUUCAAUGUUAUAUUCUGAUAAGAACUGGAGACCCUCUUAGUUGCUGAGUACCAUUGUAAGCAAGUCCAAUGAAAGUGAUGAAUCUGACUAAAAAAAUUUGAUAUUUAAUCAUUUGAGUAGGCCCAAGUUAGAGCAAUCAGAUUGUCCUAUUAGUUACACGAGGGCUUAACAGCAGGCUAACGUUGAUACAAUCAUGUUCAUAUAACUUUUUAAUGUUUUCUAUAAGUGGAAGUAAUUCACACAAUCCUAAGUGAAGUUGCCGCUUAGAGAUCACAUAAAACUGAUUUCCUUUGACAUGAUUUUCUUUAAUACUGUACUGUUGACCAAACAUUUAGAUAACUCCAAAGAAUUUUGCAGGCCAGUGAGCACUGCUAUGUGAUUUCAUAGCGAUACAUUUUAUGAAAAUAAUGACUGCACCUGUUUGUGUUCCUGACAUGUCGCUGAUUAAGAGUUGGCUAAAUACAACUAUACAAUGCUGUAAUUCUGAAACGGUCUCUAGCAAAGUUAUAAAGCAAUCAUUUACUGCAUUAUGCUAUCUUCAACUGUUGAAGAAAAUGUAUACAUCUUUCCACUUUCCCUUGUUUAUAUUUGGUGUUUCUUUCCCCCAUCUUUGUUUCUUUUACUUGAUAGAGGAUGCAGAGGGGGUUUCUAUGUUUAGAACCGGGGGAAAGAUUAGCAGAGUUGAAAAAGCAGCAAAUAGGAAUCAGAUUGAACAUAUGAUAAAUUUUGUUUGAUAUAUAUUCAGCAGUGUCAUUUGUUGACAAGCUUCUUGAUUUGUAUGUGUGCUAUG